GACACUGCGGCUACUGGUUAUACGAGUAAGAGCAACUGCGGCAGUGAUCUCCAUUUCCCUCUUCUCUAAGAAGCUAAAAUAAUGAAAAGCCAAAGGCUUCAACAACAAGAUUGAAGAAGGAGAAGAAGAAAAUCAAUAAUAGUAUAUUCUUCUAUUGCUUCUCUUCCAAGCCAUAGCUAGGUACUUAUUUCUUUUUGAUGCUGAUAGUUUCGCCAUUAAAGCUUUCACGCUCACGCCGUUUCCCACGAGAAAUUGGUCCACUUCACUCACGAAAAAGCUUUUCUAGAACCCUUGAACCUUCCUUUCUUCAGUAUAUAACCAACCAUCUCCACCCUUCCUUCACUACAAGAACGAUAAUAAGGCUUUCCAUGGCGAAACCAAAGAAGAGGAUCAUUAACCUAUCUGACAUUUUCUUCACUCUGUUUCUUCUACAAUGUCAAUUAUUACAUGUUUUUGCUAUUCUAGACCCUGUUGAUUUCUUAGCUCUACAAGCCAUUAGAAAAUCUCUCGAAGACAUGCCUGGUUCUAACUUUUUCGCAUCGUGGGACUUCACUUCGGAUCCGUGUAACUUUGCCGGAGUGUACUGUGAAGGCGAUAAAGUUAUUGCUCUCAAUCUUGGAGAUCCUCGAGCCGGUUCGCCUGGUCUUACGGGCCACCUCGACGCAGCCAUUGGUAAACUUUCUUCUCUUGCGGAGCUGUCAAUCGUGCCUGGCCGAAUAAUCGGGCAACUCCCGCAAUCUUUGUCUCAGUUGAAGAAUCUGCGUUUCCUUGCGAUCAGUCGGAACUUCAUCUCCGGCGGCAUUCCGGAAACUCUGGGCGAGGUACGUGGCCUGAAAACGCUUGAUCUCAGCUAUAACCAGUUCACCGGAAACAUUCCUCGCUCGAUCGGAACCUUACCGGAGCUAGCGAAUGUCAUUCUCUGCCACAACAAACUUUCCGGUUCGGUCCCUCCAUUUCUCUCCCAAACCCUAACCCGACUCGACUUGAAACACAAUGACCUCUCCGGUUCGCUUGCUCCAGACGCCCUGCCUCCUACUAUGCAAUACCUCUCUCUAUCAUGGAACCGGCUGACUGGACCGGUUGACCGGCUGUUAAACCGGCUCGACCAGUUAAAUUACCUUGACUUGAGUAUGAACCAGUUUAACGGUAAUAUUCCAAGUCGGGUCUUCUCAUAUCCAAUAACAAACCUUCAGUUACAGAGAAAUUCAUUUACAGGCCCUGUUCAACCGAGUGAUCAGGUGACAAUCACAACCGUUGAUUUGAGCUACAAUAGGCUAUCAGGUGAAAUCUCGCCAAUGUUGUCGAGCGUACAGAAUCUAUAUUUGAAUAAUAACCGGUUUAUGGGUCAGGUGCCGGGUAGUUUUGUGGACCGGUUAUUGGCUGCUAGUAUACAGAUUUUAUAUCUACAGCACAACUAUUUGACAGGAAUGCAGAUCAAUCCGACGUCCGAGAUUCCGUUGAGUAGCUCGCUGUGUCUGCAGUAUAAUUGCAUGGUCCCGCCCAUACAGACGCCGUGCCCAUUGAAGGCUGGGAAGCAGAAGACAAGGCCGACUGCCCAGUGUACCGAAUGGAGAGGGUAGAAUUGUGAAUUCGGAUAAGGACAAGGGUAAUUUGGGAAAGAUAUAAUGUUAAAUUUUUUGGGGCGGUAAUUUUGAUUCGUUAAUUUGUUUUAUUUGUGAUAGAAAUAAAGAAUGUUGUGUAUAAUGUGGGUCUGUUGUGAAGUUUUAGUUUCACGUUUUUAUUAAUAUUAUAAGGUGUGAUAUUCAUUUUAA